AGCCCGCCCAUGGAAGUGGGUUGGCUGCGGGGAGCGAACCCUCGUUUCGUGGCUGCCGCAUCACCGCACCCCUCUUUCUCCGUUCCCACUCUCCCAUUCCGGCUGUUCAUGCCGUGGUUGGUUGACCCGUAACGCUGCAUCCUCUUCGCAAAUAUGUCGGCAAUCGGAAGAAGCUCUGUGAGUGGGUCUUCCUUACAUCUGUUCUCUAUGGCACCUCUCAAGAACUUUUCUUCGCGAUACAAGGCUGAACUGCUUCAUCAUUUUAAAACCUGGAGGUUAAAUUCUGCUUGUAGAUCACUCAGCACCCAGGCUGCAACAACUGGAAGUACUCCUCAGCCUCCACCACCACCCCCACCUCCGGAAAAGACCCAUUUUGGUGGUCUAAAGGAUGAAGAUCGCAUCUUCACCAAUUUGUAUGGCUUGCACGAUCCUCUUCUGAAAGGUGCGAUGAAACGGGGUGACUGGUAUAGAACCAAGGACUUGGUACUUAAGGGUAGUGACUGGAUUGUUAAUGAAAUCAAGAAAUCUGGUCUACGCGGCCGUGGAGGUGCUGGUUUUCCAUCUGGUCUUAAGUGGUCUUUCAUGCCCAAGGUAUCCGAUGGCCGCCCUUCUUAUCUUGUUGUCAAUGCUGAUGAGAGUGAACCUGGUACAUGUAAAGACAGAGAAAUAAUGCGCCAUGAUCCUCAUAAACUGCUUGAAGGGUGCCUGAUUGCUGGAGUUGGUAUGAGGGCAACAGCUGCUUACAUUUACAUAAGAGGGGAGUAUGUAAAUGAACGAUUAACUCUUGAAAAGGCUAGAAAGGAAGCUUAUCAAGCUGGACUUUUGGGGAAGAAUGCUUGUGGAUCAGGUUAUGAUUUUGAUGUACAUAUACACUUUGGUGCUGGAGCAUACAUCUGUGGUGAAGAGACAGCAUUACUGGAGAGUCUUGAAGGAAAGCAAGGAAAACCAAGGCUGAAGCCUCCUUUCCCAGCUAAUGCUGGACUAUAUGGCUGUCCGACAACUGUAACAAAUGUGGAGACUGUGGCUGUAUCUCCCACAAUUUUGCGGCGAGGACCAGAAUGGUUCGCAAGCUUUGGCCGAAAAAAUAACUCCGGCACAAAACUAUUCUGCAUAUCCGGUCAUGUCAACAAACCUUGCACCGUGGAAGAGGAGAUGAGCAUCCCAUUGAAGGAAUUGUUAGAGAGGCACUGUGGUGGUGUUAGAGGAGGUUGGGAUAACUUGUUGGCAGUCAUCCCAGGAGGUUCCUCGGUUCCUCUCCUUCCCAAGCACAUAUGUGAUGAUGUCUUAAUGGAUUAUGAUGCUCUCAAAGCUGUUCAAUCUGGAUUGGGCACCGCGGCUGUGAUUGUGAUGGACAAAUCCACUGAUGUCGUGGAUGCGAUAGCAAGACUAUCUUACUUCUACAAGCAUGAGAGUUGUGGCCAGUGCACUCCCUGCAGAGAGGGUACUGGAUGGCUAUGGAUGAUUAUGGAGAGAUUGAAGGUGGGGAAUGCUAUGCUGGAGGAGAUUGAUAUGCUACAGGAAGUCACGAAGCAGAUUGAAGGGCACACCAUAUGUGCUCUUGGUGAUGCCGCUGCAUGGCCAGUGCAGGGUCUUAUCAGGCAUUUUAGGCCAGAACUAGAAAAGAGGAUCAGGGAGAGAGCGCAGAAACAGCUCUUGGAGGCUGCAGCUGCUUGAGUCCUCUGGCCUGACCAUGCCGAACAUCUUUCUUCCAUUUAUUGCAGCUUAUUAUCUUAUCUAUGAAAAUAAUGAACUUCUUUUAGAGGUCAUAUGUAAAGACACCUUAUAUGCUGUUCUUGAGCUUGUGCUCUUAAACUAGUUUCUGAUGGCAUGGAAAGAGCAGGUCUGUUGUAGCUCUCUUGUUGAACCUCUCAGAUUGUAAAUUUUGGGAUUGCAUCCUUUAGACUUCAAAGCUAAGAACUCAUUUGUUGCGUGUC